CUGUAAACUUAGUCCAAUCGACAGAAUAAAUCUUACGGCCAUCGUCUGAAGAUACCGAGUGGCAGACAUGACUCCCAGUUGGCUGCUCGCUCUGGCGGCGCUGUGCUUCCCUGCUGCGGCGCUGCUCGAGUUCUCCCGGCCAGCGGCGAAGACGGGAACACCAGGCGCCCAGAGGACCGCGAUGGACGACAACGUGCGCGCGCUGCUGGAGAAGGUGCGCCUCGCCAUGAACGAGUCCAACCCCACACUGGGGCUGCCGGCGCUGGACCCCCUGCGCCUCUCAGACGUCAGCCUGGACAUCAACAAGGGCGUCACCCGGCUGUGCGGGCUGCUGCCGUCCGUGGAGGUGCGCGGCAUCUCGGGCUUCCAGCUGGACGCGCUGAGCGUGAAGCUGGUGCUGCUGCGCGCGGACUUCGGCCUGCACGUGCCGGAGGUGCGCGCCUCGGGCCGCUACAACGUCACCGGCGCCAUCAGCGGCCUGCUGCCCGUCUACGGCAGCGGGCCCUUCAGUGUGCAACUGACGGGUCUGAAUGUCACCAACUGCUACCUGAAAUUGGGAUCCAAUGACGGGGACCUCUUCUUAAAGAAUUUUACGUUCGACUACUCGAUAGGCUCUGUCAAGCUGCAGCUGGACGAUCUGCUGGGCGGGGACUCGCUCGGCGCCGCCGUCAACCAGAUGCUCAACGACGUGUUGCCGCAGCUGCUCGCCGACUACAAGCCCGACAUCGUCGCCUUCGCCGCCUCCACCGUCACGACGUACGCCGACAAGUUCCUCAGCGGCAAGAGCGUGUCCGACCUGCUCGCCAUCAUCAACGGCUCGUGACGCGUCGGCCUUCCACCAGGGAGGAGGGGGGAGGUCCAGCUUCCAAAUACUUAUUUGUAGAGACCCGGAAAAUUCGCGGGUUCAUUUCGUGUUAUGCUAAAAUUCAAAUAAUCAUACCUUAGCGCUGCUUCUACCACUGGUUCACUGUUAAUCUGGAGGACUGAGGACCAAUUAGACACCCUCACUCAUAGAAGUGUCGAAUCACAGGCCACCCGGUCGAGAGACGACUCACGAGUCAGCAGCCAAUGAGCAGUUGGCAUUUGCCCGAGUGUGUAGAGGAUAUUGGAGUCUAUCCUGGAGGUCAUUGAACCCGCGAAUUUUCCGGGUCUCUACUUAUUUGACACACAUGUUUACGCCCUUACAGGUCAAAAAUCCCAUGCCUUUGCUAACAAAAUGCCUAUUGCCCGUUUCAUAACGACACGUAAACGGAGACAAAUCUCACGAACAGAGUUUCUUCAAUAACAACGCAGGCGGAGACGAACCCAUAUGGAUUAGCUCGGCAAUGCUGAGCGCUUCCAUUUACGACCAAUAGAAGCAGAGUAUUUGGCAGCGACGUAGCCAUGAUUAUGUUCAAAAUAUGUUAAAAAAUUGUUUCAAGUACAACAAUAUAUAGUGUUCUUUUACUACUUUGUUAUUUAUUUUUAUUAUAUAGGAUGUAAAUUCUGCCCGUGCUAUAGUUUUUAAGCAUAUUUUUUUUUUCUUCAUUAAAUUAAUAUUUGUUAACCUUGAAAUGAAAUAUCAUUGGUUGCAAUUUGUUGCGUUUCCGUGCAUUGUGGAAGCAGGCGAUAGUGAAAUGUUCGGGCAGAUUUGUCUCAGUUUAGUGCCAUUGUGGAACGGGCCUUAUAAGUUAUUGCCGUACGCACAGAUCACCUGUAGAGUUAUGGCCAUGAUAAAAUUUAGAAUUAAGAUUGUUAUUAUUAAGGAGUUUUUUAAAAAUUGUACAUUAGGUAAUGGAAGUGGACCCAACAAAAUUAUGUUCCCUCCCAGCCUCACUCACUCUUCUGAGCUUAAUGGGUUUAGCCGAUUUCGAAUCAAAAAAAAAUGCAGGAUGUUCGCAAAUUGCAAAGCAUACAUUUAAGUGGUGGAAGAGAAAGACAAAAGAAGCAAUUUACGUUAAAGAUCAUACGCCCGAAACAGCAACCCUGCAAAGUUACAUAUAUGCGAAUAGUAGUGGGCAGUUUUGAAUUACGUGCGCAAGUAACAGUACACUGGCUGAAAGGACACAACUCAGUUUAAUGCAGAUGUAAAAAAGUCUUCAUAUUGGCACACAGUUGUUGCUCCUGUUGCAAUUCCUCUCCCCCCCUACCCCCCCCCCCCCUCUAUUCCAUGUGCACAUUGCACAUCGGCCAAUGUCACGGCACUGUGAUUGCACAAUCUCUAAGCCACAGGAAAGGUGCCUAAUUGAGUGCGGAAUUCAAAUUUGUAUGCUUCUGUUCACGCCUGUAAUUUUGCAGGGUUGCUUUUCUGGUGUACUUUGACAAAACCUUAUAAUUUUGCCAUUUCCUGCCACCUAUUAAAUUUAUGCCCCACAAUUUGCGAACUUCCUGUAUUAUGAGAAUGUGAAAAAUGUGAUCGUAGAAGUACAAUUGUGUGCAUUACCCAGCUGUGGAUACACAGGAAAUGAACUCAUAGUGAGAAAAAAUUGCACAAAUAGUCGAGAUGGUGAGAGGUAUUUUAUUCAGUGCGUUCAGGACCAACAUGGAAGCGGAGACGGAUCACGUAAACCGAGACAUAUCUCACAGAAUAGAGUAUCUACAAUGGCAUGCAUGCGGGCAAGGACCUGUACAGAUUAGUUCAAACAUGCCCAGCUCUUCCGUUUAUGUUACUCUAUGCGACCAACAGAAGCUGAGCAUAUAUUUGGCAGCAGUUGCUUUUGGUUUACAUAGGUUAAAGUAUAUUUCAAUUACAAGAACAUUUAGUAUUAUAUGUGGAAUAUCUUUAUUACAAAUGUAAAUCUUAAUUGUGUUAUGUACUAAUUUUUCAUAUUUUUUUUUAAAUAAAAUUAAUAUUUUGUAGCCAUUAAAUUCUAUCUCAAUGGUUAUCAUUUGAUAGGUUUCCGUGCAUUGUGGAAGAUGAAACAUAAAUAUCUUGCGGGUCCGGAUUCAUUUUAGUUUUUACGUUUUCACUUCAUUGUGGAACGGGCCUUAAUGGUAGCACCAAUGCUGUACAAUGGUAUUUAAAACAAAUUAAAAUAAGCUGCUCUAUUUUUUAAGUGACAUAAAAAUGGUGUGUGUCAAAUAGAUGUUUUAUGAAAAAUUGUACAAAAAUUGUCUACAAAUGCUGUGAGAUAAAAACCACAAGUUUUUUUUUUUUUUUGAGCCAUGAAUAAGUAACCCUAACAAUAAACGUGUAAAGGGUUUUAAAUCACCAUUUAAUUACAUGUAUAUGUUUGUGUUGGAUCCAUUUCAUAAUGUGUAUUUUUGUGUGUAAGCAGGACAUCUACGAAAUGAAAUACCUGGUUAUUCAAUUGCUUGAAUUUUUCAGAACCAUUUUAACAAAAAAAAUUAUUAGCUUUUUUUUAUAUUGCUGUCAAUGUUUAUGUACAAUAAACAAGAUUAAACAAAAUACAAAAUAGUAUAGAUCUAAUAUUGGAAUGUACAUAUAUAUGUUUGUGUUAGAAAACCAUAAUGUUUUUAGACAUAAUUGUCACAUUAUUUAAGUGGACAUUCUCCAACUAUAUAAUGUAAAUUAUUUGAAUAAAAAAUGCAUAACUACAUUUAGGGAUAUGAGUUGCUAACCUUAAAACCAUUAGUUUUUAGUGUCUACAGAUAUUAAGAUGGAAAUUAAAAAAACAUUGCUCUUUAAUGAUUUUCAUAUUCAAUUUGUAUAAAAAUGUUUACAUAGUGGAAAACAUUUGUAAAACUAUGUUGAUAAUUUUUAGAAAUCAUAAUGAUUAAGACAAAGGCAUGCAUGUUGCUUUCCCAAUACACCCCAAACUACAUGUACAGUCUAAUUAAAAAGCAAAAUUUAAUUUGUCCAACAAUAUAUAUUAAGAGCCCAAAAUUAUUAUGAAACUAAAAAA